CUCCGGUCGCUGCCUCGGCUGCUGAGUUUUCCAUACCAUUUUCUCGGCUGGAAAAUGCAAAUUACGAACGAACGAAAGUGUUGUCGCCUACUGAAGAAUAGGAACGUGACCGAGUCUUUGGGAAAAUAAGCAGAAUUUGUACUUUGAUUGCGGGGCUUGCGAAGAAAGUUUUUGCCCAUUUUAUUGUUUGGAUAAAUCGAGACCAACAUUUAGCAAUUUAAGAUCUGUCAAGUGUAAAGUGAAUUUUUAAAUUAAAUAAUGUGUCACGGAAAAGUCAAAGAAGCUAAUUAAUGAGCCGGCUCCAGUGCGAUGAUUGAAUGAUGGCCCCAGUGGAGCACGCCAUGCAACACCCUAUCCGAGCAUCUGAAACCCUAUGCAAAAGGUGUGAGGCCGAGCCUCGUGUGAUUCGCUAACAUGCUGGAAAUUAACUUACAUUGCGCCUAAACGGAUUGCAUUCACCGCUAAUUGGCCACAAAUUGCGCGCUCCUCCGCCGCCAAAAAAACAAAAAAAUAGUAAAAACUAACAUUAAUAAACAUAGAGUGAAUCGGUGAAUUGCAAACAGCGUUUUGCAUCCGCAGCUGCGGCAUUCCGUGAGUGUUUAGCACGUCCAGCCCCCCAGAAGGAGGAGGAUGGUCACCUGCAAGGUGGACUCCCAAACCGCGGUAGCUGUUCCCAAAAUGAAUGCUCCCCGGACCCGCGGAAAGCCCGCAGGCAGCAACAGCAAUAGCAACUCUUCUGGCUUUCGGCUCCUGGACGGCGACCAGCUCGAAAAUAAUUCGAGUGUCAGCCGAAACUCGAUCUACAAACUUAAGAUCGAUCUGAUGUUUGACGAUUCCAGAUCCAUGCGAAGCAGCCGCCUCGACGAUCCCCGGGGAUCGCAUCGCACCCGCUCCAUCAUCAUGUAUGGGCGCAGUGAGUUGGCCAGCAACUCGGGCGACACGCCCCGCUCCCUCAGCAGCUUCCUGCAGGACAACGGGCAGUCGUCCAAGGUACUCGCCGAGGCGGCCAAGAAAGACGUGCAGCGGAUCAGCAACAAUGUGCAGGCCCAGAUCGAGCAGCUGUUUACGGAUGUGGCCAAGGACGCGACCAGCAGCUUCGAUGUCACCUACCUGGGAUCGCUGCCGCUGAAGGACAAAGUGACCAGUCUUCAGGGUCUGCAGGAGCCACUGCGGCAGCUGUACCUCAGUGAGGUGACCAAGAAGCAAAAGCUUAACACCGGAUCGCUGGAUAUCUGCGCCACCGGACUGAGAGUGAAAAUCAGCGCCAUGGCGGUCUCGAAUGGAGCUGGCGCUCCAGAGGAAAGUGAGGCCCAAAUUACACCCUUCCACAACAUUGCCGUGUGGUCGGCGGUGAAGUUCAUCAUAUCCGAUGACGACGGUGGUGCGGCCUUUCUGCCCUUGAUCACCGAUCCAGAGAACAUUGACAAGACUGCCCUGUUCCAACCUUUAAGCUCUAGCGAGCAGCUUGCUGUGGAGAACAGCAUCCAUGUGCACGCUCCCAUCUUUGCGGUGGUAAUGCGCUCGGCCAGUUCACCCAAGGGUCUCGAGUGCCAUGGAUUUAUCUGCAAGAGCACCGAGGAUGCCAUCGUAAUUGCAGCCACUCUUUAUCAGAGUCUGAUGGCCCAUGUGAGCACCAGUUCACGACGGAACACCCAGAGGAGGGCUCCUCGGCAGCAGAACGGAGUCAGCUGUGUCAGCAUCGCCAGCAGCUCGGCGCUGGCCAGCUCGAAUUAUCUGUCCCGCUCCCAGAUCAUACCCAGUGCCUGUGGGAGGCGCAGCUCCUUUCGGGGGAAGUACCAAUGGGGUGGCGCUCCAUCACGCUCCGGACGAAAGAAGCGAGUGUCCAACAGCUCAUUGAGCUCUCAUAGUAAUGUCAUAAACGAAACUGCCGAGCUGGAAACAUCGACGGAGGAGCGCAGGCGUAAGUCGCACAAAUCAAAGCGGGCUCCCCCAGUUCCUACGACAGUACCAUGUGCUGGAGGUCACAGAAAUGGAGGAGUUUCAUGCCGGAGUUCCAACAUAGUGUGUGGCAAUGGUCACGUCACACGGCUGCAUCAGAACGGCCAUCCCGGCAAGAAGCAGUCAGUGGGAUCGGAGCUGUCAGCCAGUGUCGAUGUAGCCCCCGCCAAUGGAGACAUCCUCACUCGGGUUGCCAUUCCCAGAUCUGGUAGCUUCCUGAACACCGGAGGGCUGACGCGCUACAAAUCGCGAGCGGCGAGACGCCAUUCCGGCAAGCUGAGCGGUGGAGGCGGCGGCGGAGGAGGUUCCCCACUUGGUUUCAGCGAACUGUUUAACGAAUUUCGCCUGCACGAGAACCUUCACUCGUUGGACGACAUCCUGUACGCCAUUAUCGACGCUGAUGGAAUGUCCUUCAACGAUCUGAAGCCCAUUUACAAGGAGUUCUUGCUCAAGCUUGCUGUCACUCUCACCCAAGACGAGCUCUUCCAGCGCUCCAAGAACAUCAUGAGGCGCCAGAAGAAAAAGAAACAGAAGCGCAAGGCUAGUGUUAAUGGAUCGCAGAAGAAGGCUAGGACCAGCUUUUUUGGCACAAAGAGUCUGAAGAAGGUCUUCCAACUAAGCCAGUUUCGUUCAUGCCGCGGCAAAUUGACCAAGCCGGCGGUGAAGGAUGACACCUUGGACAGCAAGAGAAAGCCGACGAUCAGUGCACCCAUCAUUAUCGGACAGCCCAUAAUACACCACAGCGACGCCCAGCAGCAGCACCAACGGAACAGAGCGGCCACCAGUGGUUCCGAUGUAUCGGUGGUACGGAACGAGCAUACCCAAGGGCUCAAUCGAAACAGCAGCAGUGGAUACGUCUCUUGUUCGGAAUGCAGCUACGAUUCUGAAUCCUGCGCUUGCGCCUCCGCAGAUCGUUGCUACUGCAGUCUUCGCACGGAGCACCUGAACCACAAGCUGCGCCAGAAGAACGAGCGCAACAUGGCCAUGGCCACGCCCACCCGGAAGCCUACCAACAAUGGUGGCCUGCCACAGAAUGUGGUAGGAACCACAGGAACUAACCGACACUCGCUGAUCUCUUGUCGCUCCGACGACAAGUGCUACUGCUCCAUGGUGGAGGAGGAGCCGGCCAGCUCAAUGGAGCGGGAUUCAGCUAACAACUCGCACACGGAGACCACCACUUCCUGUGACUCUGAUAGCUGUGUGAGUGCCAGCAAGUGCUACUGCAAGCGAACUCAUCGCCGACAACGAUCCUCGGCAGCGGCAGCCAUCAGCGAGGACUCGCUGUCGCAACAACAAAGAAAAUCUCGUCCAGGAAACGCUGGAGCGGGACGCAAGGGAAAGGCAUCGGAUAAGCUGGGUCUGGACUACGAGCUUUUUAGCAUUAGCGGAAGCGGACAGCCGGUUCAGCCGCAUGAGGCGUUGAGCGUCAAGAAGAGCGUAGAGGCGGCGGCAGUGUUUGCUGACAUGAAACUCAGCCAGACGACGGAUAUAAAGAGUUUAUGCCCUCCAAAGGGCCCAGGAUCACGAGUAGGCAACGGAAGCUGCCGUUCGCAUGCAUCCUCCAGAAGGUCCUCUUACCGCACCCGCGAGUCCUUCAGUACUGAUAGGUUGGGUGGAGGUCUACCACUUCCAAUGCCUUUCAGCAAAGGCAUGGGAAUGGGUGGUGGAGGUAGUGCCGACAAUUUGUUAGCCAAUCUCAAGGCCAUGGAGGCCAAGGCCGCCUCUAUUCGAAGCAGCGCCAGUAGAAGCCGCAUGGGCAGUUAUCAAUCGAUGCGGGCGGUUAGCGCCUCCCUGGAGGACUCGCUGGGGUACUUGCCAUAGACCAGGAUGAUUGAUCCGACACUCAGAGCCGGCUAAGUUACGAUGUAUAUAGCUCAUAAGAAUAUACUUAAAGGAUAUAUUUAUACACGCAUAAACUUAUAAUCACUCGUACGGCUUAUGUUUCCCAAGACAAUUAUCACAGCCACUAUAUAGUUCGAUAAAUUAUCUUGUGAAACGUAAUCAUGUGUAGCUCUAAGUAUCUCCUAUAGAACAUUCAGUGUGACUUUAUUUUUAAGAUCUUAUCCGUAGAAAUCGAGGUGCAAUAUGAAGACCAACCAUUUGUGGAAUCACGAGUCCCAAUUAUUUAAAUCUGUGCAAUAUUUAUAACUACUAUAAAAAAUAAAAACUAUUUUUUAAAUUUA